UGUGGGAUAUUGAAGUAGAAUUUACUAAGUAUAAUAUGAACUUAAAACUCUUCGAUGAUAAAGAAAUACGACCAGUAGUAAAUUGUGACUGUUUACCUAGUUGUACCGACUUAACUUACAGUGUGGAAGCUUCCCAAAGUAAUUUGACACCUAGACUUUAUCGUUUUAAGAUGGAUCAAGAUAAUUACGUGUAUUCUGUUCUAAGUUUUUACUUCAGGAGGAAUCACAUAGAGACGAAAGAAAGGAAUGAACUUUAUGGAUUUUCAGAUUUUAUUUCUAAUUUUGGUGGACUCCUGGGUUUAUUCACUGGAUUUUCUAUACUUUCUUUUAUAGAAAUCAUAUAUUUCUUAUCCUUGAGGAUUUGGGGUAAUAUUAAAAUAUACCGGAACUGGAGUGGCAGAAAUGAGUAUGAGAUUUCUAACCCAGUCUAA